AUGUAGCGAUCAAAUACAGCUAGCUCCGUCUUCUCUGUUCAAUUCCAGCCGACACUUACCUUCCUUCCAACUAACUCCUACAACUAAUAUCUCCCCUUUCUCUCUCACACACUACACACACUCAAUUAUAUCUUCCUCUCUCUAUAUAAUCUUCCACUAUUGGUAUCACUUUUUUUUCUUCUUCUAAAUCUGUUAAUUCAUUUCCUUCUAAUUAAACCAAAAGCAUCAUAGCUAAGUUUUCUGAAGUGAUGGCGGAGGAAGAAGCCAAGAAGGUCGAGCCGGAAUCUUGCGUGGAGGCUCCGCCUCCGGUGGCGGCGGAGCCGCCGAAGGAGGUGGCUGAGGAGAAAGCCCUCGUCGUCCCACCACCACCUCCAGUCGAGGAGAAAGCCGAUGACUGCAAAGCUCUUGCCAUAGUUGAAAAAGAACCGGAAGCUGUCGAGGAGAAGAAACUCGAGGGCUCUAUAAACAGAGAUGCCGUGCUUUCCCGAGUAGCGACAGAGAAGAGAAUGUCUCUAAUUAAAGCAUGGGAAGAAAGUGAGAAGUCGAAAGCUGAAAACAAGGCUCAGAAGAAAGUAUCUGCUAUUGGAGCUUGGGAGAACAGCAGGAAAGCUACUCUAGAAGCUGAGCUUAAGAAGAUAGAGGAGCAACUUGAGAUCAAGAAAGCGCAAUACAUAGAGAAAUUGAAGAACAAGGUUGCGUAUGUACACAAAGCGGCAGAAGAGAAGAGAGCAAACGUCGAAGCGCAACGCGGAGAAGAACUUCUCAAAGCAGAGGAAGUAGCAGCAAAGUACCGUGCUACCGGGACUGGCCCCAAGAAACUGCUCGGCUGUUUCUGAAAUCUGAAAUCGGAUUUCGAAAGUGAAGUUUGCGUUUGUAGAUUAUUUUUAUUUUAUUUUCGGUUAUCGAUGAUUUUAAUCGUUGGAAAUGUAUUGUUGUGUGUUGAUUUGGUGUAGAAUUUAUUUUGUUGUUUUUAUUUAUUUAUUUAUCGUGUGUGCAUAGUACUGAUAAUGUAUUCGUUUAUAGAUACAUUCUAUAGAAUCCUGUUACAUUAUUUGUCAAGAAAAACGAAGAACAAAAAUUUGCCCGAAUUUGUAAAGAAUCUUGGAAUCUUCUUAUUGUGAAAAAGUGGGGUUGUUUGUGUUAUCA